CGGCGCCGCGCUAGGAAAUGACCUAAGCCGUGGCGAGGCGCGGCCGGCGGCACCAGCAGCGCCGCGGACGCGGGGCGCGCGCACUAUGCCUGCCGAGCGGCCUCCGGGCACGCGGGCACGGCGCUGGCCCGGCAGGUGCCGUCAUUAGUCCCACCCCAGUAAAGAGCUACUGGGGCUGGGUGGUCAUGGGGGAGCCUGGUAGAGAGGAGUAUAAAAUCCAGUGUUUUGAUGCAGAGACCCAGCAACUGCUGAAGACAGCACUCAAAGAUCCAGGUGCCGUGGACUUGGAGAAAGUGGCCAAUCUGAUUGUGGACCAUUCUCUGCAGGACAGUGUGUUCAGCAAAGAAGCAGGACGAAUGUGCUACGCCAUCAUUCAGGCAGAGAGCAAGCAAGCAGGCCAGAGUGUCUUCCGGCGUGGACUCCUCAACCGGUUGCAGCAAGAGUACCAGACUCGGGAGCAGCUGCGAGCCCGCUCCCUGCAGGGUUGGGUCUGCUAUGUCACCUUUAUCUGCAACAUCUUUGACUACCUGAGGGUGAACAACAUGCCCAUGAUGGCCCUGGUGAACCCCGUCUAUGACUGCCUCUUCCGUCUGGCCCAGCCUGACAGUCUGAGCAAGGAGGAGGAGGUGGACUGCCUGGUGCUGCAGCUGCACCGGGUCGGGGAGCAGCUGGAGAAGAUGAACAGGCAGCGCAUGGAUGAGCUCUUUGUCCUGAUCCGGGAUGGCUUCCUGCUCCCAACUGGCCUCAGCUCCCUGGCCCAGCUGCUGCUGUUGGAGAUCAUUGAGUUCCGGGCAGCUGGCUGGAAAACGACCCCAGCAGCCCACAAGUAUUACUACAGUGAGGUCUCUGAUUAGGCCUCCAGAUCAGGCUUCCUCACCAGCAGCACUGGCCUUUCUUCUACCCACCUCCCAACCUGGAAGUGGAGUCUUUGCCUCUCCCAAAGACUUUUUCCCUUCCAGACUUUCAACAGCUCCCAAGAUGUUUCCCACUUACACACUGGUCCUGCCCUGAGCACUUUCCUCUCCCCCAUUCAUGGAUUAGGGAAGACACCAAACGGACCUGUCCCCACAGUCCCAUCAGCCUCUCUCCCCCAUCACCUUCCACCUAGGCAGAGAAGGGCAACUCCUAACAACCGGUGCACUGUGUAAACACUGGUACAACAGCUAGUUCCGUGCCUCCGUUUCCCAUCUGUAAAAUGGGUACCCAUAGCCACUGGUGGGAUGCACUGGGAUGUCAAGGGGCAGAAGCAGAGCAUACGUCACACCAGGAACUGCUUUUUAUACGUUUUGUACAAGGACUACUUUGAAAAUAAGCAUAUUUCCUCCAGUUGGUUUCAAUGAAUGGCAGUACCACAUCACAUGCUAUACUAUUCAAGGUGAGACUUUUCUAAUAAACCUUUUCUGAUACUAAAA